AUGGCUUCAGGAAGCAGAGAAACGCAUGCUAAUGAUCAAAAUUCUCGGGCUUUAACUCAAGCUCAAUCGUCAGGUACAAGCAAUCCUCAUCAUCGUAGUGAUGUUAAUGUAAAUUCUAGCAAUAGUCAUAGAGAAUCAAUUAGCAAAGCUGUUGCACAGUACACAGUUGAUGCUAGGCUUCAUGCUGUUUUCGAGCAAUCGGGUGAGUCUGGAAAAUCUUUCGAUUAUUCACAGAGUAUUAAGACUACAACACAGUCUGUUCCUGAGCAGCAAAUCGCCACUUAUUUGUCCAAAAUUCAGCGCGGUGGCCAUAUUCAACCCUUUGGUUGUAUGAUAGCUGUGGAUGAGUCGAAUUUUUGUGUAAUAUCAUACUCGGUAAAUGCCCGUGAAAUGCUUGGUUUAACUCCUCAAUCAGUCCCAAGUCUUGAGAAGCCUGAGAUUUUAACAAUUGGGACUGAUGUGAGGACCCUUUUUACCCCAUCCAGCUCUGUUUUGCUUGAGAGGGCGUUUGGGGCACGGGAGAUCACUUUAUUGAAUCCCAUUUGGAUUCACUCUAAGAAUUCUGGAAGGCCAUUUUAUGCUAUUUUGCAUAGGAUAGAUGUUGCCAUAGUGAUUGAUUUAGAGCCUGCAAGGACAGAGGACCCAGCCCUGUCUAUUGCUGGUGCUGUCCAGUCACAGAAACUUGCAGUUAGGGCUAUUUCGCAUUUGCAGUCGCUCCCUGGUGGGGACAUUAAGCUUUUGUGUGAUACGGUUGUUGAGAGUGUGAGGGAACUCACGGGGUAUGAUAGGGUUAUGGUUUACAAGUUUCAUGAGGAUGAGCACGGUGAGGUUGUGGCUGAGAGUAAGAGGGCAGACUUAGAGCCAUACAUUGGUUUGCAUUAUCCUGCCACAGAUAUUCCUCAGGCAUCAAGGUUUUUGUUUAAGCAGAAUAGGGUUAGAAUGAUUGUUGACUGUCAUGCCACCCCUGUCAGGGUGAUUCAGGAUGAAUCACUAAUGCAGCCUCUGUGUUUGGUUGGUUCAACGCUUAGGGCCCCCCAUGGCUGCCACGCUCAGUACAUGGCAAAUAUGGGGUCAAUCGCUUCGCUGACUUUGGCCGUUAUUAUUAAUGGAAACGACGAGGAUGGCUCCGGAGGAAGAAAUUCUAUGAGGCUGUGGGGAUUGGUUGUUGGCCAUCACACUUCUGCUAGGUGCAUUCCAUUCCCACUCCGUUAUGCUUGUGAAUUCCUAAUGCAGGCAUUCGGGCUUCAGUUAAACAUGGAACUGCAAUUAGCAUCACAGCUGUCUGAGAAACAUGUUCUAAGGACGCAAACGCUACUGUGUGACAUGCUGCUUCGAGAUUCUCCCACUGGCAUUGUUACGCAGAGCCCUAGUAUUAUGGAUCUUGUGAAAUGUGAUGGUGCUGCACUUUAUUACCAGGGGAAGUAUUAUCCAUUGGGCGUGACACCUUCUGAAAUGCAAGUAAAGGAUAUUGUGGAAUGGUUGUUGGCUUUCCAUGGAGACUCUACGGGUUUGAGCACUGAUAGUCUGGCCGAUGCAGGGUAUCCAGGGGCAGCCUCACUUGGGGAUGCAGUUUGCGGGAUGGCUGUUGCAUAUAUCACUUCAAGAGACUUCUUGUUUUGGUUCCGUUCCCAUACUGCAAAAGAGAUUAAGUGGGGUGGUGCAAAGCAUCAUCCAGAGGAUAAAGAUGAUGGCCAGAGGAUGCAUCCACGUUCUUCAUUCAAAGCAUUCCUAGAAGUGGUUAAGAGCCGGAGUAUGCCUUGGGAGAAUGCCGAAAUGGAUGCCAUUCACUCUUUGCAGCUCAUUUUACGAGAUUCUUUUAGGGAUGCUGAUGGAAGCAAUUCUAAGGCUGUUGUACAAGCUCACGGUGGGGACUUGGACUUGCAAGGGAUCGAUGAGCUUAGUUCUGUUGCCAGAGAAAUGGUUAGGUUGAUAGAGACUGCAACAGCGCCUAUUUUUGCUGUAGACGUUGAAGGCCGCAUAAAUGGGUGGAAUGCAAAAGUCGCAGAUUUGACAGGACUAUCCGUUGAAGAAGCAAUGGGGAAAUCCUUGGUUCACGAUCUUGUUCACAAAGAAUCAGUAGAAACUGCAGACAAGCUUCUGUAUAAUGCUCUAAGAGGUGAAGAAGAUAAGAAUGUAGAAAUAAAGUUGAGGACAUUUGGCACUGAACAACAUAAGAAGGCUGUAUUUGUGGUAGUAAAUGCUUGCUCUAGCAAGGAUUACACAAACAAUAUUGUUGGGGUCUGCUUUGUUGGACAGGACGUUACUGGACACAAACUGGUAAUGGAUAAAUUUAUCCACAUUCAAGGUGAUUACAAGGCUAUCGUACACAGUCCAAACCCUCUGAUUCCACCUAUAUUUGCUUCAGAUGACAACACCUGUUGCUCUGAGUGGAACACUGCUAUGGAAAAGCUCACUGGGUGGAGCAGAGGGGACAUCAUUGGAAAGAUGCUAGUAGGGGAAGUAUUUGGCAGUUGCUGUCGGCUUAAAGGCUCAGAUGCUGUGACAAAGUUCAUGAUCGUCUUGCAUAAUGCAAUUGGUGGCCAGGAUACUGACAAGUUCCCGUUUUCAUUUUUUGACCGAAGUGGCAGAUAUGUACAAGCUCUCUUGACAGCAAAUAAGAGGGUUAAUAUGGACGGACAGAUUAUUGGAGCAUUUUGUUUCUUGCAGAUUGUGAGUCCUGAAUUGCAGCAAGCUUUAAGAGUCCAGAAGCAACAGGAAAAGAAGUGUGUUUCGAAGAUGAAAGAGCUGGCUUACAUUUGUCAGGAAAUUAAGAAUCCAUUAAGUGGCAUACGCUUUACUCACUCACUGUUGGAAGCCACAGAUUUGACAGAAGAUCAAAAGCAGUUUCUUGAAAGCAGUGCUGCUUGUGAGAAGCAGAUGUUAAAGAUUAUAAAGGAUGUUGAUCUGGAAAAUAUUGAGGAUGGUUCGAUGGAGCUCGAGAAGGCAGAAUUCUUACUUGGGAGUGUAAUAGAUGCUGUUGUUAGCCAAUCAAUGUUAUUGCUGAGGGAGAGAGGUCUUCAAUUGAUCCGAGAUAUCCCAGAGGAAAUUAAGACAUUGUCUGUCUAUGGUGAUCAAGUCAGAAUUCAACAGGUCUUGGCAAAUUUCUUAUCGAACAUGGUGCAUCAUGCUCCAUCUCCAGAAGGCUGGGUAGAAAUUCAACUUAGACCAAGUUUGAAGCAAAUUUCUGAUGGAAUUACGAUUGUGCACAUUGAAUUUAGAAUUGUAUGCCCAGGUGAAGGUCUUCCUCCUGAACUAGUUCAAGAUAUGUUCCAUAAUGGUCGAUGGGUGUCCCAGGAGGGCCUAGGGCUAAGCAUGUGCAGAAAAUUCUUGAGGCUCAUGAAUGGUGAAGUUCAAUAUAUCAGAGAAUCAGAAAGAUGUUAUUUUCUGAUUAUCCUCGACCUACCCAUGCCACAUAGAGCUAUGUCAGUUUGGAGUACAACAACAAUUCACAUGGAGGAUUGCCCUCCAAAUGUGAAGUUUUCUCCAUGGAAGUUCUACGUUGUUGACUAUCACAAGAGUCACGAAUAUAAAGAGACUCGUGCCUAUGGCUGGGUGGUAUGCGAAGGAGGGAGGGAGAAUACCGUUUAA